AUGAGAGGCUCAGCAAUCCGUGUGCUCCUUGCAGCAGCGCUCUCCCUUCUCCUACAGAAAAGCGAAGUUACCACCCUCCAGCUCUAUGGCAAUGAAGUGACCGGCACCCCCGACUCGUUGAAGGGAUCACCCAAGUCGGAGAAGCCCACGGAGAAUGUAUCUAGUCAGAGUAUCCCUAACAUCAUGCUGGAUGGCAACACACAGUUUAGUGAGUCGUUGAAAGAUUUUUUAAAGGGAACCAAUUCUGCUGAAGGAGCCAACGGAAAGAGUAAGCUCUUCGAAGGAGAUGCCAUCCUGGGAGAGUCCUUCCUGGAAGAAAACAAAGAUUUCAUAAAUAAGCAGGUGUUGUCCGAUUUAUAUAGCAAGUUCAUCAUAGAGGUGGUAAACAACAGCACUGUAUCUUUUUUGGACAAUCUAAGUGCCAGCAAGUCAAGCAAUACGGAGUUUCAGAUUGAGUUGGAGGAGAGCUGCUCGCCCUUCUUUUGCGAGAAGGUGAUGAAGGCCAAGGAGGUGGACGCCUCGGCGGCGAAGGCGGCAGAGGCGAGUGCCAUUAGCGAGGUUAGCGAUGGUAGCGCUGCCAACUCGGCCAACCCUGCCAGCCUCCUGACCGAUGAGAAGGAGAUCAAGCUGCACAGCGGAGGGAUGGACGGGAAGGACGACCUGGUGAUGAACCUGGACGCCGUGAAAAGCGUCGCGGAAAGUACCACCCCAAAUGGAGCCAAUCAGGCCGACGUGGAAGGCCUCUUCACCCGAACUGUCGAUGGAAACGAAGAAAAGCAGAAGAUCAUCCUCACCGAUGGAGACAACGUGUACGUGUUGGAAGAAAUCACACAGGGAAGCAGCUCCCCAUUCAGUGAAGAAGAAUUAAAUAAGCAACAAAUCGAACAAGAAAUAAAAAUGCAUAUACCUAGCGAGGUCAACGAGCGAGACAAUGGAAAAAAUAGAGACCUACUGGAAGAGGUGAUAAAUUCCUCGGAUUCCAUUUUGGACGACCUAUCAGGUCCAGUGAAUAACAUACAAACCGGUUCAGAAAAGGGAAUCAGAGAACAUGACCUUACGAGGGAUCCAUCCAAUUCGCCCGACUCGACAGAAUCAAACCAAAUGAAUAACAUCGGUGAAGAUAUUUUUACUAUGAAUGAAGAAGAGCUCUCAAAGAAGAUCCUGGAUGAUAUAAAAAUGAACAGCGAGGACAAAGUAGAAUGCUACACCUUAUCCAAUGACGAGAAAAAAUGCAAUAGUUAUAAGAAAUGCACUUAUGUGAAUAUCGAUAACAAGGAUACCUGUUUCUUGGAUUAUAACUACAUGCUCUUCUUAAAGAACAACAAUUGCUCUCUUCAGCCGAAGUCGGCUCUUCUCUCCAUAUCGAAGGACCUGCUUAAGAACGAAAUUAUCAACCGCCAAAUGUUCCAGCUGCUUCGAAACAGCAACAACAACAACUUCAUCUGUGACACCAUCACCUACUCCUUCCUGACGAAUGUAGUGGACAACACAAACUACGAGGAGAUCUUCACCUGA